AGAACGGAGAUGCGGUGGAGCAUAAAACCUGCCGGCCCCCUCCCUAAGCUGAUCCCCUAGCAUUAACGGACUUCGUACUUCCACCCAAAGCAUCGCUGCACCGUAGUCACUCUCUUGUCUCUCAUUUCAUCGUGGAAUUAUAGGUUUCCUUAACAUUCCCAGGCUCAUAGAACUAUUAACUUGCGCCUCACGCUCGUUUGCUCCGGCUCCUGCCUCAAUAUAAAGUCGUCCAUUGAUUGAACGACUACCUUCCACUCUUUUCUCUAAUAUACCUUCAUUGGAUCGAAUAUAUCCGUGACUUAUCUUUCGUUUCUCACGUAAGAACUGCACAACCUUUUUCUCUGAUCAACCAAUUUUUGAUUCUUUGUGAGCCGUAAAGAUGCGUUUCUCUACUUCUGCUCUCAUUGCUCUCCUGGCCACUGGUGCCCUUGCCGUUCCCUACCGUCACCCUCAUCACUUCCACAAGCGUGAGGUCGUGACCUCUGCCGUGGUUGUCUACACCACUGUCACUGUCGAGGACGACGGUGCUGCCUCCGCUACCAGCGGUGCCAGCGAGUCUGCUGCCGCUACCACUGUGGCCGUUGCUGCCACCUCUACCUUUGUUGGCGACGCUUCUUCCGUUUCGUCUGCCAUUGCCUCUGUGCAAUCUGCCAACUCUGACAUUGCUCAGAGCUCUUUCAGCACCAUUGUUACCAGCUCUUCGUCUGCACCCGCUCCUUACUCGACUGUGUACAACACGUCGUCGUCCGUGGCUUCUUCCUCCGCCACUUUCGUGACCAGCACCACUUCCUCCAGCAGCAGUGCUUCUGCCCGCUCCAGUGCUUCUGCCACGUCUUCUGCUGCCUCUUCUUCCUCUACCGGCAGCACCUCUACUUUCCAAGACGGUGUCUACAGCUGCACUGACUUCCCUUCUGACCAGAACGGUGUCGUUGCUCUUGACUACCUUGGAUACGGUGGUUACACCGGUAUCCAAAUCGGUGAUGCCGCUGGUUCCUCCUGUACUGAGGGUGCCUACUGCUCCUAUGCUUGCAAGCCCGGCAUGUUGAAGAGUCAAUGGCCCACUGAGCAACCUUCUGACGGUGAGAGCCGUGGUGGUCUUCUCUGCAAGAACGGUAAGCUGUACCGUACCAACACCGCCUACGAUUCCCUUUGCAUUGACGGUGUUGGAUCUGCCUAUGUUGAGAACCGUUUGAGCCAAGGUGUUGCCAUCUGCCAAACUGACUACCCCGGUUCUGAGAACAUGGUCAUCCCCACUUACGUCGAGGGCGGUGCCUACUCUCCUCUGUCCGUUGUCGACAGUGACACCUACUACAAGUGGCAAGGCAAGUCCACUUCCUCCCAAUUCUACGUGAACAAGGCCGGUUACUCUCAACAGAAGGGUUGCCAAUGGGCCACUUCUGAUGAUGACUAUGGAAACUGGUCUCCCGUUAACUUUGGUGCCGGCCAAUCCAACGGUGUCACCUACUUGUCCAUCAUCCAGAACCCCUUGACCACUGCCGUUCUUAACUACAAGGUUAAGAUUGUUGCCACUGAGGGCUCCACUGUGAGCGGUGAGUGUGUCUACGACAGCGGCUCCUUCACUGGUGGUUCCAGCAGCGGCUGUACCGUUGGUGUUACCUCCGGUUCUGCCAAGUUCGUCUUGUACAAUUAGGCCGUCAGCGCAUCCGUUGCUGACAACAACUGAGAUGGUCAAGUUGUUGUCUCGUGUGCCGUCAGUAACGUUGCUGCUCACUUUCCAUCUAAUUGUACCUAUCUUGAGCAUUGUCAGACUGGUUCUGUGACCAUUGUCGGGGCGUCCCUCCUUACAGGCUUUCGGUCCCGUAUUAUGUCUGCUUGCCAAACGGCUAGCAUACCCUUUUUCUCCUAAUUGUGUGUCGUAUAGCGUUCGCACACAAACACACCUAGAUCAUCGGCAGUUGUUUUUGAUGUUUGUAUCUGUCGUCAAGUUUAUAAAACUACAAACGCCUAUUUUGUUGGGUUUGAAUUCCCUAUUAUGGAUAUACCUGCGCUGCUGCAUAGCGCGUCACUCGAGGUGAGUGUCUGCCUCAGCAAUCCCUUCGUUUCUUUCCCAUCGUUCUUUAUGCUUUAGCUGUAUCGUUAAUAUGAAUAAUCUGUCAUCUGAGAACAUA